ACGCAAAAUAGCGUCGCUGGGUUUUUUCUCCUCAUUGAUCGCAGGUGUCUCUACCGGCUAUCGGAAAGGAGUUUCAAUACGUACCUAGAAUGACACUGGGAGCAGUUGCCUCCGUGAUCCUUGCUAUUGGAGGAGCUGCAGUCUUUUCUGCACUACAUAAGAUUGAGGAAGGACAUGUGGGUGUUUACUACAGAGGUGGAGCUCUUCUGACUGCCACUAGUGGCCCUGGAUUUCAUCUGAUGCUGCCGUUCAUUACUACAUUUAAGUCUGUACAGACAACCCUACAAACAGAUGAAGUGAAGAAUGUUCCAUGCGGCACUGGUGGAGGUGUAAUGAUCUACUUUGAUCGCAUUGAGGUGGUGAACUACCUUGUUCCCUCAGCAGUUUAUGGCAUCGUGAGAAACUUCACAGCAGACUAUGACAAAGCCCUGAUUUUCAAUAAGGUUCACCAUGAGCUGAAUCAGUUCUGUAGUGUUCACACACUUCAGGACGUCUACAUUGGUUUGUUUGAUCAAAUAGAUGAGAAUCUUAAGCUGACGCUGCAAGAAGAUCUGACCAGCAUGGCUCCUGGACUCAUCAUUCAGGCGGUUCGUGUGACUAAACCAAACAUUCCAGAAAGCAUUCGCAGGAACUAUGAGCUAAUGGAGAGUGAGAGAACAAAGUUACUGAUUGCAGCUCAGACUCAGAAGGUGGUGGAGAAAGAGGCAGAGACCGAGAGGAAAAAGGCUGUCAUUGAGGCAGAGAAGGUGGCUCAGGUGGCUGAAAUCAAAUUUGGACAAAAGGUUAUGGAAAAAGAAACCGAGAAAAAGAUCUCAGAAAUUGAAGACAGUGCGUACCUGGCUAGGCAGAAAGCAAAAGCAGAUGCAGAAUUCUACACCGCGCAGAGAGCAGCUGAGGCCAAUAAGCUCAAGCUGACUCCUGAAUAUCUCCAGCUGAUGAAAUUUAAGGCAAUAGCGGCUAACAGCAAGAUUUACUUUGGAAGUGAGAUCCCUCACAUGUUUAUGGACUCUGGACCGGGAAGCUCCUCCUCAGCUGCUUCCAAAGCCAUCGACGUCCUCUCAGAGGGGAUGCUGGACUUGGAAUGACAAGAGACAGAGCAGAAAGUUGUAGCGCUGAGGAUAAAUUAACAGGUAAUGAAAGAGACUAAUGGCCAGUCAUUAGACUACAUUGUGCCAGUCAGUGCAGCUGAAACCACUUUGGUAAAGAAUUAUGAUGCUGUAUCAGCGGGACAGAAACACUACAUGUGCAUCUGCACCCCAGUGACUUGAUCACAAAGCUGGUUCUUUUGGUUGAACAGUUUUUUAUUAAUAGAACAUAUGUGGCCAUGUGAAUGUGAAAUAAAAGGAUAUUUUGUCCAAAAAUGAAAAUUCUGUCAUUUACUCAGCCUCAACUUGUUCCAGACCUUUUAUGUCAGGGUGUUCGCGACGUCUUAAAAUGUCUUACAUUUCGAAAACAAAAUCUUAGGCCCUAAAAAGUCUUACAUUCAGUUAAAUAUUUUGUUGUAGGUCUUAAAUUAUAAUCUUAAUUUUCCUAUGUCCAUGUAAAGCUACCCAAUCACCAAUUAUCCAUCUCAAAACUUAUAUGUAAAUGCUUAUAUUGCAAAGAGUUUCACAACAGCUGUUAGACAAGUUUACAGCAAAUUUUCCUAAUACAUUCCCUAAGCAGGGAAAGAAAACUAAAGCAACACAUCCCUUUACAUGAUCUUCCAUUAAUACAAAAACUAUUUACAGAAGAAACCAGGCAAUUAGAAAAAAUCCUUAGUGGAAAUUUCAUUCAUAAUGUUUUUAAAAGGGUCUUUAAAAGUCUUAAAUUUGACUUAAACCUGCAGAAACCCUGUAUGAGGAUAUUUGGAGGAUUUUUAAUAUCCUGAAACCAUUGGUUUCAGUAGUAUUACAUUUCUUACUAUUGAAGUCAAUAGCUAUUGGUUGCCAACAAUCGUUCUGUGUUCAGUGGAAAAAAGAAUCUCAUAAAGGUUUAGAACCACUUGAGGGUUAGUAAAUGCUGAGUACAUUUUCAUUUUUUGGAUUAACUAUACCUUAGAAACUAGUGGUAUGUAUGCACAAGAUUUGUGCAUGAAUUACUAUAAAUCAGCAUUAUAAAAUAUCUCUUUUUUUUUUACAUUGAAGGAUUGGUUUAUGUAAAGGAAUAGUUCAACAAAACAAAAAGUCUGUUGUUUACUCACCCUUCCUUUCUUCUGAUGAACAAAAUUAAUUUUAAGAAACAUUGGUAACAAAACCAUUGCUGGUCCCCAUCAACUUCCAUAGUACUUUUUUCUAGUACUGGAGAGCAUCAGCUUGUAUUCAAUUUUCUGGAAUUCAGAAUUAAAAGUAUUUUCUUUUGUGCUCAGCGGAAAAAAAAAAAUUAAAAAAUUAAACUAAAGUUUGAAACCACUUAAGGGUGAGUAAAUAGUGAUAAAAUUUUCUUUUUUUUGUUUGAAGUAUCCUUUUAAUAGACAAACUAAAGGCUCUUACUCCUCAGGGAUUCUUUUGUUAUGUUUAAAUGGUUUUUGUUUUUUCAUAAAGGACCCAAUCACAAUUUAUUUUUAAAUGUAGUUGUCAUUUGUUUUGCAUUUUCACAGACUGUACUUGUUUGUUCCCCAUUGUUGGAGCUUAAUUAGUUAAAAUUUUACUACACAGAGCAACUCAAGAUCUUCCAAGAGGUAAAAGUGAAACCUCCAGCAGAAAUCUCGCAUGAAAACAGAAUAGCAAGUAAUUUUUAUUAAAUAUAAAACAUAUUAUUAUAAAUAAUAACUUUAGUGAAGUUUUAUUAUUUUGAACUUUUCCAUCUUGGCAAGAUCUAGAACUUUCCAUGCAUAGCAAUGCACAGUGCACUAUAUAAUGAUGUCCUCUUUAAUCGGCAGGCAUUUUGUGCCUUUUUUAGCACUGAUAGAGCAGGACUGGGAGCUCAUACCCUUUCCAGCUCUUCAGUCACUUUCAUAUUUCAGAGGAAUUGGGUGUGGAUUGCAUCAGAAACGAGUCAUUUGACCAUUAAAAAUCACCAGUCUGUGGGCUGCUUCUCAUUCAUGGAAAGAUGAUUCUGCAUUUUAGUUUUUUUACUUUAUUUGGUAAGUCAUGUUUGGAAUUUGUUCUGAGAAAUUUUCCAUUUCCACCAAUAUCCCCUCUCCCAGUGCUUAAAAUUGUUAUGUGUAAAGAUCUUGUACAGUAUCAUAUACUAGAAAAAUAUCUGGAUUAAUAGCUUGCCUCCAUUUGUAAUCAGAAGUCAGUUAUGUUAGUUUACAUUCAUAUGUGAGCAAGACUGCCACUUGAAGGAUGUAAAAAGGUUUUCAUCGUUAUAUGUAUGUACAAUCCAAAAAAUGAGCAGCAUACCUCAUGUCUAAAUACAUAUAUUGAUGUCUCUUAUGUUACAGUCUUUGAAAGUUGGACAGGCUUUAAUUUAAUGAGGCUGUUUCUGUUUAUUUGAACACACUGGUGUGCAGACAAAGAACUGAUUUGUUUUUAACAUUGUAGCAGAUUGUGUAAUACUUUCUUCAAGACUCAACAAAACUUCCCAAAGACCUUUACUGUUCAUGCCUGGGUUUCGCUUGAACAUCGAGUGUCUCCUUUCAGUGUGUUGUCACGUUCACCAUCACAAGAGUCUUUAUUUGAUGUGCAUAACUGUACUUUAAAUUGACUGUGUGUUGGGUGGGUGACUUGUUUAUACAGUAAAGAUUUUUUUCUUAA